GGAAUAAUAUAGAGAAAGAAAAGGAAGACCCAAAGAAGAGUAAUGAAAAUGGGAAAGGUCCAAAGCUCCAUGUAUGGUUUAUGCCUAGUGUCCUCCAUAGCUCUAAAUCUGUUGUUUUUGAGAAAUCUGUAUUAUGAGGGUGUGGGUGUUGGAGGCAAGUGGAAGAAGUUGAGUUGGAGCCAAAGAGCAGCAGCAGAGGCAGAGGCAGUGGCAGCAGUGUCAUGCUCAGGCCAUGGAAGAGCCUACUUGGAUGGCUUACUUGUUGAUGGAUACCCUGUUUGUGAGUGCCACAAUUGCUUUGGAGGCCCUGAUUGCUCUGUUCUCUCUCCUGAUUGUCCUGCUGAUGCAGAUGGUGGGGAUCCGUUAUUCUUGGAGCCAUUCUGGAUUCAACACGCAGCUAGUAGCGCAAUCCUAGUGGCAGGGUGGCAUCGAAUGAGCUAUACUUUUGAUGGUAAAACUACCAUCUCAAAAGAACUCGAGAAGAGCAUUCGCAGAGUACACUCGGUCGCCAAGAAUGCCAUUACAGACGGAAGAUACAUUGUUUUCGGAGUUGGCUCAACCCAACUUCUUAAUGCUGCAGUUUAUGCCCUUUCCCCGGAAAAUUCAUCCUCACCUGCAAAAGUAGUUGCUGCUACCCCUUAUUUCCCUGUUUAUGAAAUCCAAACUGAGUACUUCAGAUCAGUUGAUUUCAAGUUUCAAGGAGAUGCAAAUUUGUGGAAGAACAGGUCAAUGGACGCAAACGUAAGUAUGAUUGAGUUUGUAACUUCACCGAACAAUCCUGACUGUCAGCUGAACAAGGCAGUUCUUGAAGGCCCGUCUGUGAAGACAAUUCAUGAUCGUGCCUAUUACUGGCCGCAUUUCACAGCAAUUCCAGCACCGGCAGAUGAUGAUCUGAUGAUUUUUACAAUUUCUAAGCUCACUGGUCAUGCCGGUAGCAGAUUUGGGUGGGCAUUGGUAAAAGAUGAGACAGUUUACCAAAGAAUGUUGCAAUAUAUACAGACAUCUGAAUUGGGUGUUUCUCGGGAUACUCAGUUGAGAGCGGCGAAGCUUCUAAAAGUAGUUCUAGAUGGGGAUGAGAGAGAAAUAUUUGAAUUUUCAUACAAAGCGAUGAGCGAACGCUGGGAAAAACUGAGGACAACAUUGUCAAUGUUAAGGGGGCGUUUUUCGAUUCAGGAAAUUCCACCUCAGUUCUGCACUUUUUUCCAACAAGUCAGGGGACCUUCUCCAGCUUAUGCAUGGUUGAAGUGUGAAAGGGAAGAAGACGAAGACUGUUACGCAGUCCUCCGAGCAGCAAACAUCAUUGGCCGCAAGGGUACAAGGUUCGGUGUCAACAAUCGCCAUGUCCGGCUCAGCCUCCUCAGAAGCCAAAAUGACUUUGAGUUAUUACUGAACCGAUUAAGAAAAUUAGUCUCCGAGGAAGAUGGUGCUAAAAUCAUGUGAAUUGUGAAGAAUGAAGAUCAUAAUCAAUCAUCUGUUGAUUGUAAAACAGAAUAAUUUUUUUAAGUCAUUUUAUAUUAUUGUUGUUGACAUCCUAAGAAAAGGGUCAUGUCUAUUGACCAUUUUAAGUAGCAAAUAAAAUUUCUUAGGCUUUAUGUUGUAAAGUACACUAGCAUAAUGCUUCAAUAUUCAUGUAAAGUGUCUGUAACUCUCUAGUUAUCCCGCUUCUAUUAACCUCUAAAGAAAAUUCCUUUGUUA